AUGCCGACAGAAGAUACCCGGAAGGUGGAAGAGCCAGGUGUCCAGUUUUUUUCGCCAGCUCCGGACGAGGUUACAACGGCUCCCCAUUCACCCUCCUCCAUUUGUUACUAUCAAGGCUUCCUUGAUGUUAUGGAAAUUCGGGCAAUAUUGGAUGAGCCGAAAGAUACAGCCAAUCAUCAGCACCCUAACGGAGCACCACCUCCAAAUGGGCCAAGGAGGGGACGGAUAAGAUGCGAGGAUAGCGAAUGGGAAGAAGGCUAG